UCCACCAUGAAGGUCUCUGCAGUGCUUCUGUGCCUGAUGCUCAUAGCAGCUGCCUCCAGCACCCAUGUGCUGGCUCAACCAGAAUCUGUGACAGCCCCGAUCACCUGCUGCUUUAAUAUGAUCACUAAGAAGAUCCCCAUCCAGAAGCUGAAGAGCUACACCAGCACCCAAUGUCCCCAGGAAGCUGUGAUCUUCAAGACCAAACAGGACAAGGAGAUCUGUGCUGACCCCAAAGAGAAGUGGGUCAAGGACUCCCUGAAGCUCCUAAACCAAAAGUCCCAAACCCUAAAGGCUUGA